AAAGGAAAAAAACCAAGGUGUUCCGCACGACGUUACCCCGGGUUUGGAUUAUGAUUGAAUGAACAGAAUAUUAUAUUGAAUAAACAAAAAUGGCACAGUCGUCGACCGCCAGUGUUGAUGCUAAAUUACUGCAAAUAAUAGGAAUUGAAGUUUUGUCCGAAAAAAAGAAAGAUAUUAGUACUGCAUGCAAUGGUACCAUUAAAUGCAAAACUGCACAUGAAAAAAUUCCAAAUGAGAAAAAUGCCAGAUUCAUGUAUCCUGAUCCAGUUUCAUUCACACAGAAAAAGAAAUCCAAAUCAGGAGAAUGGCUUGCAGAGCACAAAGAAAGAGGUCAAAAUUUCAAACGAUAUUCCACUGGCAUGACUAUAAACAGACCAACCUAUAGCAAGAAGUUCAUUUACCUUACCCCCUUGAUAUUUGAUGAGGAACCGGUGCCAAAGAGCAUCCUUGAAUCACUGUCAAUAUAUGCUGCCAUCUUUUUUGAUGUGCCAAUCAAAAUUGGCAAGAAAAAGAAUAUGCUUAAAGUUGUACCUAACAGAAUUAAUGAAGAUUCAAAGACUUUCCAAGUUGAUGCCUCUGCAGUGUUAGAUAAAAUGGAGGUUCCAUCAGAUGCAUUUUGUGUGGCAGGAAUAACAAUGUGUGAUUUGUACCCAAAACCUUCGUGGAACUUUGUCUUUGGUCAUGCACAAUUGGCCAAUAGCUGCGGAGUGUACUCAUUAGCUAGAUAUCUAUCCAAUUUUGGGUCCUCACAAAACACUGUAUAUAAGCCAGAAGAAGAAAAGGACGGAGAGCCAACCAUUAUAAGGAGGGCCUGUAAAGUCAUGUGUCAUGAAAUCGGCCACAUGUAUGGACUGAGCCACUGUAUCUACUUUGAAUGCCUGAUGAAUGGUUCCAACCAUUUACAAGAAGCUGACAAAAGACCAUCAUUUCUGUGUCCACUUUGUUUGAACAAGCUGUACUUUAUCAUGAGAUUUGACAUUGAGAAGAGAUACAGGAAAAUGAUGGAUUUCUGGAGCUCCCAUGGUCUUCAAGCAGAGGUGGAAUGGCUCCAGACACGUUUAGAUAUUGUGUUAGGAUCUGAAUGAUUAAAUUUUUUUUUAUAAAAACAUUAGCAACAGAGACUUAUUUUAGGUCAUCUGAGUCACUCAUGUGACCUAUUGCAAUUGGUCUUCGUCAGUCUUCAUCCAUGGUGUGUCAUUCGUUAACAAUUUUACUUUUUUAACUUUUUCUUGAAAACUACAAGGACAAUUGUUACCAUUUUUGGUGUGAAGCAUUGCGAUUUUUACAAGUAAACAAACUGCACCAUUAAUUGCAGUUUUUUUUACUGUUGGAGGCACUGUAGCUCCCAAGUCGUCCACCCGAUUUUUUUCAGACCUGCAGUUAGGUUGAGACUUCAAAAUGAAGCUUAAAAUGAAAACAUGAGACUCAGACCAGCUUUGGUACUCAGGUGACCGUCAAGGCCUGUGAGCCUCUUGUUACCUAUUGCACUGUAUGUUAGUGAGGAAAUGUAUGUUCUUUUAAGAAUGUAGAAUAAUUGUUAAUCUUAUUUAAUACUAGUACAAGUAAUA